AUGGACUCCUCAUCGAGUAGGAAGCAAGAUGAAACGCGACGACAGGCAGAAAUCCGACGGCAGAUUGCUGCUCUGCAGGCGCAAUUGAAGGACGCGUCAGAUGAAGAAGGCGCGGGCAUUAUGCCCCCCUCCACUCCGAGGAAACGGAAACAGUCACAGCAAAACUUGUUGGCUUCUGCUACUCCAUCCCCUAGUAUUUAUCUAGAGAAGCGCAAAGCGGAAGACCAUCGAGGGAAGGCAAUCGUGACAUUCCCAAAGAAUAUUGAUGGGCCGAGCUCGAGAGCCCAACAGUCGCGUCCUUCGCUAUCGUUCAAGACGAAUCCUGCUUAUACUGCGAGGCCACCUCCUGCCUCGUCGUUAACACCAGCUUCGUCGUCCGUCCUAUCCAAGCUUGCUGGCUUCGCGUCUGCUUCUACCAAACAAGAGGCCAAGGCUAUUGCUGCCCGGUCUUCUGGUUUUGCAGAGAAGCCACCGACACGAGACGAAGUGGAUGAAGAGACAGGUGCUAGGGACGAAAACUUGACAAUCGUCGAGGACUUGACUAUAGGUCCGUACGAACACAGGCCGCCGUUUGACGACCCGCACUUCAUGAAGCUAGAGCCCAGCUCCGGUAUCCGUCUCUCCUCGCGAACACUUCCUCACGACGAAUUCCAAGACUACCUUCGCGGACGUUAUUAUCUUUCACCAUCUAAGCUAUAUUCUGUCAUCCGCCUUCUACCAAACAAGCAGGGCUACGACGUGCCAGUGGAGGGCGACUGGGUUACGAUAGCUGUCGUCGCUGAACGUGGUCCGAUGAAGUAUAGUAAAGCUUCCGUCGGUAUCGGGAAGGAGGACCUCGCCGAGCACCCGAAUGGCGAAGACGACCUGGGGUCUCUUGCUCUCGGUGCCCCUCCGAAGCCAGCUAGACCGCAAUGGGGGAAAGGCAAGGCCAAAGAAGAACCAUCGAAGCCAUCAGGUAAGAAGUACAUGAACUUGAAACUUGUCGACUUCGGAUGUCGUACGAAGAGCUCAGCCACUGCGGGAAAGUCGAUCAUACGUGGUGAUGCGUUGCUCUCGCUUCUUUUAUUUGAGUCCGAUCGCGUGGAGGAGGUCACGCAAGAGGAUGGGAAGAAGGAAAAGGUAUAUCGAGGCGGUAGUCGUGGCGCAUUCGAGAGGCUGUCGAAGCUCAAGGAAGGCACCAUCGUCGCCCUUCUCAAUCCAAAAAUCCUCAAGCCGUUCCAGCGCUCAGGAGACGCACCGCACCCAACCGACAACAUCCUGGCAUUGACACCCGAAUCCCUCCAGUCUAUUCUUGUCCUUGGACACUCGCAAGACCUCGGCAUGUGCCACGUCGUGAAGCGCGAUGGCAAGGCCUGCGGCAGCUGGUGCGACAAGCGUAUCAGCGACGUGUGCGACUAUCAUGUACAGCAUGCCGUGCAGGCCAAGCGCGCGGGGCGCGCCGAAUUCACGACGGGUACGUCUGGCAUGAGCGCGUUCGCCAAGAAGAAGCCAGCCUACGACCCGAGUAGACAGUGGGGGCUCAAACCUGACCCGGACGCCAGCACUGGCGGUGCGACGUACGUCGUUUCUGGACACAUCGUGUCGGAUCGCCGCGAGUCAGGGCUGUUUGUGAACGAGACUAUUGGGAGAGAGGCACAGGCCAAGGCAGCACGUAAGGUCUCUGCAAAGGACGCGGACGAGGCCCUCAAGAAGUUGCUGAAGCAAGACAAGGAAGGGACGAGAGCAGUCAAGGCUGCAAGAGAGUUUGGAAAGAAACUCGUAGAGAAGGAGGUGUUGGGAGACAGCGGAAAGGGCAAAGAGGAGGCAAAGGACGUGGCGAAGACGAGAAGGCGAGAUGAGAACGACAACGACGACUCGGAAGACGAGAAGGACAAAAAAUCGGUGAAGAACGCGUACUCUGCAACCCUCGUCCGCAGCCUUGGGUUUGAUCCGACAGCCAAAGAUGGUCGCCGGGUGGCAGAUUCUGAAGUACAGAGAAAGGUGUGGACGUUCCUGCAUCUCAUGUAUAUGCCUCAUUAA